AUGUGUCCUGCUCUCUCACCUCGUCCAGCACCGACAAGCGUUCAUGAUCUUCGGCCAGAUGACAUAAAAGUGAUGGGUGCCUUAGGUGACAGUAUUACUGCAGGAUUUGGUAUAAUGGGAGUGAACUUGUCUCAGCCUCCGUUGUUAGCAGCAUUUAAUUCAUUCAACGAAUACCGUGGAUUGAGUUACAGUAUAGGAGGAGAUGAGGGCGCUUUAACAGUUCCGAACUAUAUGAAGCAUUAUCAACCAAACUUAAAAGGAUAUUCGAUUGAUAGCCAUAUUGCCCUUUAUUGCAGUGUCAAUAGUUGUCCCGGAAGAUAUAUACCUGAAAAAGAUCGGCUUAACGCAGCCUUAAGUGGUUCACUCUCUAUAAACUUGCAGCAUCAGUUGGAUUAUUUAAUACCUGAGAUGCAUAAUAUUGCAGGAAUAGAUUUUCAGAACGACUGGAAAAUGAUCAACAUUCAAAUAGGAAGUAACGAUAUGUGUAGUUCAUGUGAUCGUAGAUAUACAAACAUUACUACACCAGAUCAAUUCGCCAGCCAUAUGGACGCUGCUGUUGAAAGGAUUAUAACAAAUGUCCCUCGCGUACUGGUUAAUGUCAUCGGCGCCUUUAAUGUAUCUCAGCUAUUUCCUGUUACUGCUGGACAGGCUUACUGUCGUCCGAAAAAUAAUGAUACAAGUACCAUCGGGAAUAGAAGAGAAUGUAGCUGUGGCUCUACUCCAGGUGGCCUAGAAUAUAUGGAUUACCUUGCAGUUGAGUACAACAAGAGACUAUUUAGUAUUUAUCAAAAAUAUCAACAAAACAAAAAUGAUAGCUUUGCUGUUGUCUAUCAGCAUAGCAAUUUAAACAUGACAAGCUUUCCUAUAAACUUCUUUAGUAACAUCGACUGCUUUCAUCCCGGAAUAGUUGGUCAUCAAUGGGUGUCAAAAAUAGUAUGGAAUGAACUAUUUCAACCGCAAGCUAAAAAACCAUCCGUGUUUAACUUCCAUGCAAAUCAAACCAUAUAUUGUCCUACUGACUCUGAUAGAAUAGCUACUAAUUAAUAUUAAUAAUAUUUAUAAUACUUGCA